GAACACUAAUAUUACACUAUAAAAAUGGGGGGGGGGAAUGUGGUCAGCCUCACUCUUUAUCUCGAGUUUGACUUCGAUUGAAGACAAAUACAGUGAUGAGAAAAGUAGUUCGGGCUCUCUACAAAAGAAAGUAGCCAAAGCAGGUUGUCCCUCAGACAUGCUCAAAGAAGGAACCAAAAUAGACGGUGCGGUGCUGGGGCUGGUCUUUUUUUCUCCUGUCCUCCUGUCCUGUUCUCCUGGAAUGACCUCUGGGUUUGGCAUUUUCACCAAAAAAUAAUCUACACGGGUUAGUUGGACUUAUUUUGCUCCUAAAAGUGCUUUAAAUUGCUAAGUGGCCGAGUAUGGGUGAGACAAAGGGCUCUACCCACCGACAGCUAUUCUGGGGCACCGCAUAGCACGGGAGUGUUGGAAACGACCCGCGCUCCGGACAGUAUCUUGUUUCAUAUAUCCAGGGACAAAUAUGGUGCGUCUUUUAAUUUAUUUUCCUACUGUUUGGACAUCCAGAGAACUGCCUGACAGUUGUAGGUGACACGAAGAGAUGUAUUUGUAUGAUUGUGGGAUGAAUAAGUGGCGCGCGCCUGUCUCGCACGAGCGCAGGUGGAUCCAAUAAGGAGGCGCUGUAGUAAACGAGGAGAAAACGCCAAAACUAGUCGAUAUUUUCAGCAGAAUAUUUUGUAAGUCACUUUUAGCCUAUGGUUUGUGAGGAUUAUUCUUCUCGCGUUCCGUUUCCAAAUGUAAAUAGGCAUGUGUGGAAUACAGCUAGUCUUUUGAGGGGCAACGCUUAAAUGGGAGCAUUUUUCUUUGGACUACUACAGUUAAUCAAUUUACACAUCACUUCCACUUGAACCCGUUGUCGCGUGGAUAUUCAUCGUCUUAUCAAUUCCCGUCGAGCAGAAGAAUGCCCGAGGACCUCUCCGCGGCCAAAGCCCUCUACAUGGGCAUGGAGGUGGUGAUCGCCGUGUCAUCCGUGAUAGGAAACGUGAUGGUGGUUUGGGCAGUAAAAAUUAAUAAAUCCCUGAGAGAUACUACAUUUUGCUUCAUUGUGUCUCUGGCGCUCGCGGACAUUGCAGUAGGAGCGCUGGUCAUACCACUAGCGAUAACUAUAAGUAUCGGACUCCAGACUCACUUCUACAGCUGUCUGCUGGUGGCGUGCACGGUGCUGGUUUUGACCCAAAGUUCUAUCCUCGCUUUGCUCGCUAUAGCCAUCGACCGAUACCUGAGAGUCAAGAUUCCAACCAGUUAUAAACGAGUGGUCACUCCCAAACGAGCUGGAAUUGCAGUAUUCAUGUGUUGGACGGUGGCCUUCAUAGUCGGCUUGACUCCCAUGCUGGGCUGGAACAAUUUACACAACCUGCAACGUAACAACGGCUCAAUCGGCCCUGACCUCAUCGUCACCUGCCGGUUUGAGAACGUCAUCAGCAUGGAGUACAUGGUCUACUUCAACUUCUUUGGUUGGGUGCUUCCCCCGCUUCUUUUCAUGCUCAUCAUUUACUCUGAAAUCUUCUACAUGAUCCACAAACAGCUGAAUAAGAAGGUGUCCAGCCACUCUGAACCAAACAAGUAUUAUGACAAAGAACUGAAGCUGGCAAAGUCACUGGCACUAGUCCUUUUCCUAUUCGCUGUUAGCUGGCUUCCUCUCCACAUUAUGAACUGCAUCACGCUCUUCUGUCCGAAGUAUGAGAAGCCCAUGUUCCUCAUUUAUAUUGCCAUUCUGCUCACGCAUGGCAACUCUGCCGUCAACCCCAUCAUUUAUGCUUUCCGCAUCAAGAAAUUUCGUACUGCGUUCCAGAGGAUCUGGAAGCAGUACUUCUGCUGCAAGAAAGCUCCUCCCCCUGAGAGCCAGCAGAGCGAGAGACUGGAUAACAACUACUAUAUUGCUGCGGCUGCUGUACCUCCAGAACCUGCUUUGGAACAGAACGUCUGACUGACAUCCCAGCAUCCUCUAAGGAGGUCAAACACCUUCUGCUGGAUGGACGGCCAAAGCUGUCAAGCCUUGGUUUGUCUCUUUUGAAUGUAAAUCAGAGCUCACUACAGGCUAUUCUGGCUGAAAUGUCCAUUUAUUGGAAUGAGACAGCAUUGCUCAAAAAGCACCAAGUUAAUCAAAUAAUUUUGAUGAGAAAAUUCAUAAGAGGGAACCACAGGCAAUCUUGCUUUAUGAAGAAGCCCUGAAGGAUGUUUUUAACUACAAUGAGUUUGACAGUGCAUAUCAUACAAUUAAAUGAGAAAAAAUUUGCUCAAAUAAUGAAUCAAAGAUUGCACACAACUGUAUAUUGUGCAGUUCUGUCAUUAAUAUAGUUAAUAUGGAAACAUCUAAUCACCAGUUACUGGUUCUAUAUGAAUGUAUGCAGAACUGACAUCAGAGCACCAUACACUCUCAGGUUCUUGGAUAUUCUGCUUGUAUUCUGAACCUUUGUGCACAAUAACAGGAAAAGGAUGUCAGAAACAGUGACAUGGAGGUGGACACAGGUUUUUCUUGUCCUAUUAUGGAGUGUCUGAGAACCGGUCUUUUAUUUUGAAGGACAAAAGUAUGUACUGCAGGCAGCUGAUACUGCAUUUUACUCACAGUUGCAGUGAGGUUAUCUUGCCUUUUAGCAAAUUUGUGCGUGUAUGUGUAUGAUUGUGCGCAUGCCAUAACAAAACUGGAAUUGUUUGAGGAAAUGAAGAUGCACUAAAGUUCUAUUUAUUCUUUUUUUGCUAUGACCUGAAAACAAAAGUGAAACUGUCUGUACCUAAGACUAAAUCUCCACUAUUUGAACAUUCAGGGUUAAUAAAUGAUCAAAUCCAA